UGUCGUCUUAUCAAUGAUAAGUUUGAUAAGAUAAUAAGCCGUGACUUUCAAGUGUAUAAAUGAGUUUCACUUGAAGUAAAAGUUGUCGAAUAACGUUUGUAAAAACGUAUAUUUAUCAUGCAAUCAGAUAGUUUAAGCUGGAAAUUAGCUAUAUUGAUAUAAUAAAUAUAAUCUGUUAGAGGUCAUUAUUGAGCACAGAAAAAAAUGUGAUUUGUCAAAAACUGUUACAUUCCUUAAAAUACCGUCGCAAUGAGAAGCUUAUUGAGUAUCGUCAAUUUAUUUUUCGUAAAGAAAUACAAUCAAUGUAUUCAUCGCAGAUGAAAACAACCAAUGCUAUUAAACGCAAUAGUUUGUUUGUGUAAUAAUUGACUCCUAAGUGUCACUCUUAUCUGUGAGAUUUCAUCCCAGAACAGUCAGUCGUCUGUUGAAAGUCGAGCAGUUGAGGGCAGCGAGCCACUUGAAGUAAGUUUCGAUUCUAACGAUUCACCUUCUUAGUUCGAUAAAAUGGCAGCGUACGUGUGCGUCAAAGACUACGAGAAAUAUGCUCUGAAACAUUUGCCUCCUCCGGUGAGAGAUUACUACAAGAGCGGCGCGGGAGAAGAGUACAGCUUGAAACGGAACAAGGAGGCUUUCAAAACUUACAGGAUACGUCCUAGAUUUUUGAGAGACACGUCCAAGAGGGACAUAAGCACAACAGUGUUGGGUCACAGAGUUUCAAUGCCCUUGGGAGUCGCGCCUACCGCGAUGCAACGUAUGGCACACCCCGAUGGAGAAUGCGCCAAUGCAAAAGCCGCACAGGCAGCGGAAACGAUUUUUAUCCUUUCAACUAUAUCAACGAGCAGUAUAGAGGAAGUGGCGAAAGCUGCGCCGACGGGUAUCAAAUGGUUCCAGCUCUAUAUUUAUACUGAUAGAAAUGUUACCUUAAAUUUAAUAAAACGUGCCGAACAUGCUGAUUUCAAAGCGCUGGUUCUUACUAUUGAUGCACCGUUGUUUGGCGAUAGACGUGCGGAUUUGAGAAAUAAAUUCGCAUUGCCAAGUCAUUUGAGAUUCGCAAAUUUCGAAGGAGAUUUAGCGCAACGAAUAAAUUCCGCAAAGACCGGCUCCGGCCUUAAUGAAUACGUUACCGCAUUGUUUGACGCAUCCAUCUGCUGGGAUGACGUGAAGUGGCUUAAAAAAAACACAACACUGCCAAUAAUUCUUAAAGGAAUUCUGACUGCAGAAGACGCACAUUUAGCUGUGAAAAAUGGUGUUGAUGGUAUUAUUGUCUCAAAUCAUGGUGCACGUCAAAUAGACGGCGUUCCAGCAACGAUCGAAGUUUUGCCAGAAAUAAGCAAAGCCGUAGGAAAUAAAAUUGAAAUUUAUAUGGACGGUGGAGUGAGGCAAGGCAUCGAUGUAUUCAAAGCUCUGGCACUGGGUGCAAAAAUGGUAUUUUUUGGUAGGCCGAUGCUGUGGGGUUUGGCAUACGGUGGCGAGAAAGGUGCCAAUAAGAUUCUUGAACUUAUGAGAAGAGAGAUCGACUUAGCAUUUGCAUUAACUGGCUGCGCAUCCGUAAAAGAUGUCACACGAGAUAUGGUGAUUCACGCAUCAUACUAUAGUCAUCUGUGAAAAUAAAUUUCUCUUAAGAUAUAGUUCAAAGAUGUUUCAAAUUUUAAUUUGUAAAUUUGUGUUUUUGAAUAUAGAAAUAUAUUUUAUGUAUUGCCAUAUAUAUUAGUCAAACAAGAAAGUCCGAUUUACAUCAAGCAUAACACAUGUAUGAAAAAUAAAAUUGCAAUGCAAAUUAAAAUGCGAUCGAAAGGAAUAA